AGCGGCUGCGGCGAAAACGAAAGCAAAACUAAAACAAAGCCAAACGUCAGUUUAAAUCAAAUCAAAAAAUGGAAAAAGAGUUGUGAAUUUGUUGAAUCUCUUUACCUGCGAUUGUUCCAAAAAGUGUACUUUAAACAAAAAUACAACAAUAAUAGAUAAUAAUAAUAAGCUUGCCCUUAUUGGAUUACGCUUUACAAUUUCAAUUGUUGCAGCCAGCGGAGGCAAUUCUUCUUUGUACUUCUUCGGCGGAAACGCGGAUGGGAAACGAAAUUGACGUUCCAACGCCAAAGGGAAUGGCGGCAAUGGCAUAAAAAAUAGAAAAACAAAACAACAAUCAACAAUGUGGAAAUGAUAAUUGCAAUUGCCUGCACACCAACAACAAUAGCGGACAAAGCAAAAACAAGUGAAGAAAGUUAAAGAGCGAAGAAAAAAAGAAACGGGAAUGGCGAAUGCAUAGAAAGAAGUUUGCAAAUAGCAAAGAGAAGAAAAAAGAAACGUAAAUACCGCGAAAAAUUCAAAGAAACAUAAACAAAAAGAAGACGAAAAGCAAUUAUAGCUCUUGAUACAAACGCGAUGGUGUUUUACAAUAUGUAAAUAUAAUUAGCCGAGCGGAGUUUUCAUUCCAGGAAUUUCGCCAGCCAGCAGGAGAAAUAAAAACGACGAAAAAAACACGCUUUAAGAGCCGGUUUUAUAAUUAAUUACUCCCAGCUUUUGCCUCUCUCUCUCUCUCUCUCUCUCUUUCUGACCCCCUCUGCAUUUCCUCUAUCACUGUCUCUCGCUCGCGCUCAGAGGAGAUACCGAUAACGAUAUCGAUUACAAAUCCAAUUCGUACUGAAUUGAAGUGACAAUACCAAUACACAAUACCAAUUUACCUAUUCCAAUUCGGAACGUCGCUGCAAAAACUGUGAUUAAUCCCCGUGCGCGAAUUUCGAAUCGACUCCGUGAUAUCCAUCCGUGACUGAGUGGUUGUGUGUGCUGAGCUGCCGUUGCAAUCGCAAUUACGAUGGCAGUGUCCUGCCCCGAAGUUAUGUACGGUGCCUACUAUCCAUAUCUGUACGGGCGCGCUGGACCAAGUCGAUCGUUCUACCAGUAUGAGAGGUUCAACCAGGAUCUGUACUCGUCCUCGGGCGUCAACUUGGCCGCCUCAUCGAGCGCCUCUGGCAGCUCCCAUUCGCCCUGCAGUCCCAUCCUCCCGGCCUCGGUGAGCGCCAAUGCAGCUGCAGCGGCUGUGGCGGCGGCGGCCCACAAUAGUGCGGCGGCAGCAGUGGCAGUGGCCGCCAACCAAGCGGGCUCCUCCGGCCUGCAACUGGGAGGUGGCGGCGGCGGCAUGGGCGGCAUGACCGGCGGUCCGGCAAGCGGACUGCUCGGCACCAAUGUGCCCGGCAGCAGCAGUGUGGGCAGUGUCGGCCUGGGGAUGAGUCCGGUGCUUAGCGGCACCGCUGGACACUCGCUGCACAGCAGAAGUCAUGCCCACGCCCACGCCCAUGCCCACUCCCUCGCGCACACGCACCCGCACUCGCACACACACACGCACCCGCAUACGCACCAAACCAAAGAAGAGGAUCUCAUCGUGCCGCGCAGCGAAGCUGAAGCACGCCUGGUGGGCUCCCAGCAGCAUCAGCAUCACAAUGAAUCAUCCUGCUCCUCCGGUCCGGAUUCACCGCGCCACGCCCACUCCCAUAGCCAUCCGCUGCAUGUGGGCAGCGGAGCGGCGGGCGGUCCAUCGUCGGCGGGCGGAACGGGAUCGGUGGGCGGUGGUGGUGGCGGAGGAGGCGGUGGCGGUAGCGGAGCGGGAGGAGGCGGAACCGGGGCCAUUCCCAAGGAUCAGCCCAGCCUGGAGCCACCGAUGGGCAGUGGCGGCGGUGCAGGAGGCAGCAGUCAAGGACAAGCUCAGUAUCUAUCGGCCACCUGCGUUGUGUUCUCCAAUUACUCAGGUGACACGGCCAGCCAGGUGGACGAGCACUUUUCCCGCGCCCUCAACUACAACAACAAGGAUACUAAAGAGAGCAACAGCCCGAUGUCGAGCCGCAAUUUCCCACCGUCGUUCUGGAACAGCAAUUACGUGCACCCCAUACCCGCGCCCACACAUCCCCAGGUUAGCGACUUGUAUGGCUCGGCGACGGACACCGGUUACGCCACCGAUCCGUGGGUGCCGCAUGCAGCGGCGGCUCACUAUGGUUCCUAUGCCCAUGCGGCGCACGCGCACGCAGCCCACGCCCACGCCUACCACCACAACAUGGCCCAGUACGGGAGCCUGCUCCGGCUGCCCCAGCAGUAUGCCAGCCAUGCCAGCACCAGGCUGCACCACGACCAGCAGACGGCCCAUGCCCUGGAGUACUCCAGUUAUCCCACAAUGGCGGGCCUCGAGGCUCAGGUGCAGGAGUCGUCAAAGGAUCUUUAUUGGUUUUAAGCAUCACGGAGAUAUGGUGGCACAGGCCCAGGGUAACCCCCCCAGCAAAAUGUAUAAACUCUGGACUCGGGAGAGAUGCCCAGUCGAGGGGAUG